AUGUACGCUCUCUAUGGGCAAGAGGGGGGAGUUCCGGAACGCCAAAUCCAAUGGGCUGCUUGUUCGGGUGCUCCAGGGUUAGGAAAAACGACUUUUUGUCGCAAAGCCUUCACAAAGUCCAUUCACAGUCUCCAAGGAGAAUUAAGAUGGCGAUGCGCUAUGGACGGAUGUGCCAACGAAGAAGGAGUUUCUCCCAGUGGCUGGUCCAAGCGUGUGUUGAAGCAAACAGGUCGACAAUACCAAAUCAGUUUUGGUGGCAGUGUCCCUGGGGAUCGACCGAGAGCUCCGUGA